UCGAGGAGAGAAGUAACGAAAUGGUGCAAAAAUUGAUACUACUAGCCCUGCUGGUUACGGUCGUAGUGGCCUUCCCGGAGCGAAAAUCAAUCAAGAUCGCUCCAAUCAUAGAGAAGAUGCUGAAGGCCUAUCCCAUCCCGGAGGUUCCCGAGGACUACGAUCUCGCCAAUUCGCGAUCGGUUCGUAACAGGUUCCGCACCCGGGUCGACCACUUCAACCCCCAGAACCGGGAUACGUUUGAGCUCGCGUACUACUCAAAUGACCAGUUUUACCGUCCCGGAGGACCGAUCUUCAUCUUUGUCGGCGGAAACUGGGCCGUGAAUCCGUACUUUAUCGAGCGAGGACACUUCCCAGAUAUCGCGUACAUGGAGGGCGCAUGGAUGUUCACCAACGAGCAUCGCUACUACGGAAACAGUGCUCCUGUGGAGGAUCUGUCAACGCCCAACCUGCGCUUCCUGACCGUCGAACAGGCUAUGGUUGAUCUUGCUGAGCUGAUCUACCACCUCCGUCACAACGUGGUUCGCGACGACAAUGCCCGGGUUGUUCUGCUGGGCAUGGGUUACGGUGGUGCAAUUGCGACCUGGAUGCGACAGCGGUAUCCUCAUUUGGUCGAUGGAUCUUGGGUAUCAAGUGGACAGGUUGAAGCUCGUUUCAACUUCAAGGAACAUGCCGUUGAAGUUGGCGAAUUGAUUCGCGAUCAUGGAGAUGACGAAUGUUACAGCCGCAUCUGGCGUGCGUUCCGUACUGCUGAAGCACUGAUGGAUGCCGGUCGUACCGAAAUCGUCUCUGACAUGUUCAGAACCUGCGACGCGAUCGAUGAAGAGAACAUGCUUGAUGUGGAAACCUUCUUCUACAAUCUGAAAGAAUUGAUUCAGCUGGAAGUUUUGGCCUACAAGAACGUUGAAAGCACUGCUAUGCUCUGCGAAACCCUCAACAGUAGCGAUGAAACAACCGACUUGCAAGUAUUGGCCACCUGGUUGAACGAAUACUUCUACUUCUUGGAAUGUAUGCCUUUCGACUUUGAGUCAACCGUUGAGGCUCACAGCAAUAUCGAUAUCAACUCCCUUGAGAACAGCGUCCUGGGACUACGUCAGCGAGUCUACCAGUUCUGCACUGAGUUUGGAUGGUUCCUGACCGCAGACUCGGACGAUCAACCGUUUGGCUACCGCGUGACCAUGUACUUCUUCCUGAACUUCUGCAAGGCCACCUACGGAGACUGGGUUACCGCUGAGGUAGUGGCUGAUGGAGUCCACCUGACCAACAUGCACUUUGGAGGGCAAGAUCCACGUAUCGCUAACGUACUGUUCAUCAACGGAGGUCUUGACCCGGUUCGGGACAUCUCGAUCACCGAGUACCAUGCUCCUCGGGCCAAUGCCAUUGUCAUUCCGGACUACUUCGGCGGUGCCGAUAUGACCUCGAUCAGUGGAUUUAAUUCGCCGGAAUUGUUGGAAGCUAAGCACCAGAUUCAUGAAUAUAUCAUUAGCUGGCUUUACGAGCCGGUUCUUCCGAUCGAGGAAAACUGAGUUACCAUAACUCAAAAGAUUUACGUUAAUGUAGUCAUUGUUUUGUUUCAGCAAAAGUUAAGAAUAAAUAAAAGUCAAACCAUUUAAGUCAA